UGUUCACCACACGUGCGAGGGGCUCACGCAGGCUGAGGGAAUUCAGUUUUUAGGAAGAAGAGUAGAGUAUUUGAAAAUGUUGACAGCUUCAAAAUUCACCGCAAAUUGCCUUAUGGCAGGUUGUAAAUUAAACACAGUCAGAAACAUUUCGCACAUAUCAAAAAAGGGCCCAUUAUCUCGCCUCCUUAACAGACAGUCAUGGCAUCAGGAUCGAAGAUAUGCCUCCGACAAAGUCAAGGGCCAUGUGAUUGGAAUAGAUUUGGGAACAACAAAUUCGUGUGUUGCAAUUAUGGAAGGAAAAACUCCAAAAGUAUUAGAAAAUUCUGAGGGUGCACGAACAACACCUUCUGUGGUGGCCUUUACAAAAGACGGUGAAAGACUUGUUGGCAUGCCAGCCAAGCGACAAGCUGUUACAAACUCAAAUAACACCUUUUCUGCAACAAAGAGACUUAUUGGUCGUCGCUUUGAUGAUUCAGAAGUUCAGAAAGAUAUGAAAACUGUUCCAUACAAAAUUGUUAAAGCAUCGAAUGGUGAUGCUUGGGUGGAAUCAAAUGGAACUGUGUAUUCACCAAGUCAAAUAGGAGCCUUUGUUCUUGUGAAAAUGAAAGAGACAGCAGAGAGCUAUGUGGGACAAACGGUGAAGAAUGCAGUUGUCACUGUUCCAGCAUACUUCAAUGAUUCUCAGAGACAGGCCACAAAAGAUGCUGGUCAGAUAGCUGGACUGAAUGUCCUGAGGGUCAUCAAUGAGCCUACUGCUGCUGCCCUGGCUUAUGGCAUGGACAAAUCCGAGGACAAAAUUGUGGCAGUGUAUGAUUUAGGAGGAGGCACCUUUGAUAUCUCCAUCCUGGAGAUACAGAAGGGUGUGUUUGAGGUGAAGUCCACCAAUGGGGAUACCUUCCUAGGGGGAGAGGACUUCGACAACCACCUGGUCAACUACUUGGUCACUGAGUUCAAACGAGAUCAAGGAAUUGAUGUCUCCAAAGACUCGAUGGCGAUGCAGCGGUUAAGAGAGGCUGCAGAGAAAGCCAAGAUAGAACUUUCGUCUUCACUGCAGACUGACAUCAACUUGCCGUACCUGACUAUGGAUUCUAGCGGUCCCAAACAUAUGAACUUGAAGUUGUCGCGGUCCAAGUUCGAGAGUUUGGUGGAAGAACUGGUGAAGAGAACUGUGGGCCCUUGUCAAAAAGCUCUCCAGGAUGCAGAGGUGAAAAAAUCAGAUAUAGGGGAGGUAAUUCUUGUUGGAGGAAUGACAAGAAUGCCCAAGGUUCAGACCACAGUACAGGAUCUGUUUGGUAGAGCACCCAGUAAGUCUGUCAAUCCCGAUGAGGCUGUGGCCAUUGGUGCUGCUAUACAGGGAGGUGUGUUGGCUGGUGAUGUUACAGAUGUGCUGCUGCUGGAUGUUACUCCUCUCUCUCUGGGUAUUGAGACAUUGGGAGGAGUUUUCACAAAGCUGAUACAGAGGAAUACAACCAUACCUACCAAGAAGAGUCAGGUGUUCUCAACAGCUGCUGAUGGUCAGACACAAGUGGAGAUCAAAGUGCAUCAAGGGGAGCGAGAGAUGGCAGCUGAUAAUAAACUGUUAGGACAGUUCCAACUGGUGGGCAUCCCUCCAGCUCCUCGAGGUGUUCCACAGGUAGAGGUCACAUUUGAUAUUGAUGCUAAUGGCAUUGUUAAUGUCUCCGCGCGUGACAAGGGCACUGGAAAGGAGCAGCAGAUUGUCAUCCAGUCAUCUGGAGGGUUGAGUAAAGACGAGAUUGAGAACAUGGUGAAGAAUGCAGAGAAAUAUGCAGAGGAAGACAAAAAGAAAAAGGAAGUGGUGGAAGCCGUGAACCAGGCAGAAGGAAUCAUUCACGAUACAGAGAGCAAAAUGGAAGAAUACAAGGACCAGCUGCCCAAAGAUGAGUGUGACAAGCUGAAGGAACACAUCACCAAUGUCCGCAACCUGCUGGCCAAUAAAGAGAAUGAGUCUGGAGAGAACAUCAAGAAAGCUACCUCUGAUCUUCAGCAAGCAUCACUCAAGCUCUUUGAGAUGGCUUACAAAAAGAUGGCCUCAGAAAAAGAAGCGCAGGGCUCGUCAGGGUCCAGUGAAUCGACCACAGAUUCUUCCCCAGAGGGCGAGAAGAAAGAUGAGAAGAAAGAAGACAAGAACUAAUGUCAGCCGGCAGCUGUUGUGUGCUGACGCUGUUGUUCCUGUUCUGACUGGGCUGUUAGUGGGAUAUCCGAUUCGUGUGGGCGAGCUAUCUGGGAACUGAACUAAAUGUGAUGUAGAACUGAGGUUGUGAUCUCAAGUCUGUCACUCCAGCCCGUCAAACAGGAUAGACUUCUAAUUUAUGGUCGCUUGGCCUACAGAACAUGUACAGUGUUUAAUUCCAGUAGCACUGUGUUUUGACUAGUGCUUUUGUCCAGGUAACUAGGGGAGGGGAGAGAGGGCGUUAAUAAACUGAUGAACUCAAUUAUCACAGGUUAAUAUUUGAGUCUUGGACUGCUUUUGGGAGUGAUGCUCAUCAAACAGCCUGGAGACAUACCUUGGGAAUGGAAUACAUUGUCGACACUAUGUUCAUACCAACAGAAAAGAAACCACAGUUACUCUUCAAAUACGAGCCUUUUCCCCAGUUUACGUGUGUCAUCUAUUGUGUUUGUUGGUGUGACACGAUCAUAGAUUCAGUUAGAUGUGAUAUUGAUCUUGUAUAUAGCAUCACCAAAUAUUAGUAUAAAUAUUCUUUCUUGUACUAUAUGUCAUAAGGCCAGAGUUGUACAGUGAUUAAGGAUGCAGCAUUGUUUGAACAUCUGGGG